AAGUUAACGCGUAUGGUGUAGAAAGAAGCAUAGACUUGUCUUUUUAAGGAUAGUCGAUGAUGUCCAACUCUCUUCAUUCAAGAAGUAGACUGAUCAGGCAUUGCAUACACACGUCCACUGACUAAUUUCUUCCAUGGCCUCUUCUUCAUCCUCUUCUUCAGUCACCUCUCUAAGGUGGUACGAUGUCUUUUUGAGCUUUAGAGGAGAUGAUACCCGUAAUACUAUUACUGCCCAUCUCUACCAUGCUUUGUCUCAAAAGGGAAUCUGUACUUUCAUAGAUGAGGAUGAAGUUAAAAGGGGUGAUGAGAUUUCACCUGCACUUCUCCAAGCUAUAGAAGGUUCAAGAAUUUCUAUCAUUGUGUUAUCAACAAAUUAUGCGUCAUCAACAUGGUGUUUGGAUGAGUUAUUGAAGAUUCUUGAGUGUAAAAAAUCAAAACAACAAAUAGUUCUACCUGUGUUUUACUAUAUAGAUCCAUCAGAUGUUCGAUAUCAAGGAGGAAGUUUUGGUGAAGCAUUGGCUAAACAUGCUGAGAAAUUGAAUGUAGACAUGAAGUUGCGGCUGUGGAAGGAAGCCCUUCGAGAAGUUACCAAUUUGGCCGGAUACCAUCUCAAAAAUGAGGGCAAAAAUGGGAAUGAAGCAAAUUUAAUUGAACAAAUCGUUCGAGAAGUCUCGAGAAUAGCAAAUGAUCAUUUUUUUUUAUCCAUUGCCAAGCAUCCUGUUGGAUUAGAACCUCGUCUAAAAGAUGUCGAUUUGCUUUUAAGUGUUGAAACGAACGACAUACGAAUGAUAGGAAUUUUUGGAGUUGGCGGAAUUGGUAAGACAACUCUAGCCAAAGCAAUUUAUAAUUCGAUUGCUUUUCGAUUUGAAGCUCGUUGUUUUCUUGCAAUUGUUAGCGACACUUCGAAUCAAGCGGAUCGUUUGGUCCAACUGCAACAGACACUUCUCUUUAAGAUUUUAGGAAAAUGUAAAAGUUUGAAGAUUGACAAUAUUGAGACGGGAAUCAGCACUAUAAAGCGUAGGCUUUCCUUUAAAAAAGUUCUUCUAAUUCUUGACGGUGUAGACGACUUGAGCCAAUUAGAAAAAUUAGCAGGAGCUCAUGAUUGGUUUGGUAAUGGAAGUAGAAUCAUCAUCACAACAAGAGAUCAACACUUGUUGACUACUCAUGGAGUUGAUUCAACAUAUGAGAUGAUGGGAUUGAAUCAAAAUGAUGCUUUUCAGCUAUUUUGUUGGCAUGCUUUCAAAAGAGAGAUACCGGAUGAUGGUUUUGGAGAGUUUGUAGAAAGGAUCGUAAAUUAUGCUGGGAGGCUUCCACUAGCUUUAACAGUGCUUGGUUCAGAUUUAUGUGGUAGAGAUGAACGUCAGUGGGUAAGUGCAAUGGAUGAGUACAGGCAAAUCCCUCACAAAGAUAUUCAAAAAGUACUUCAAACAAGUUAUGAUAGAUUAAGUGAAAAUGAAAAGAAUGUUUUUCUUGACAUUGCAUGUUUUUUCAAUGGACAAGUACAGCUUGAUGAUGUCAUUACAAAGAUACUAGAUAGUUUUGGUUUUUACCCAAACUUUUCGAUCCCAAAACUUAUGGAGAAGUGUCUUAUUUCGGAAUGCCGUGGAAAAUUACAAAUGCACUCCUUGUUACGAGAUAUGGGUAGAGAAAUUGUUCGAAGAGAAUUUCCCAAAAAUCCAGAAGCACGUAGCAGAUUAUUCUUUCAUAAAGACGUUCGCGAUGUACUGCAAGAAAAUACAGGACCAAUUAGUGUAGAAGCAAUUUUUGCAGAUUUUCCUAAAGGUGAUGAUAUCAUCCACUUGAGUCCCGAGGUCUUCAAGAAUAUGAGAAGACUCAGAUUAUUUAGAUGUCUCAAUGCACAAUUUUCUGAAGAAUUACCUGAUUGUCUACCGAAUAAAAUAAGCAUACUUGAUUGGCCAAAUUGUCAUUUACAAUCUAUGCCAUCUAAAUUUCGUGGAGAAGGACUCUUUAUUUUACGAAUGCCCGGUAGUCACAUCCAGGAGAUACCCUUAUUUAAGAAUCUCACGGUUAUGAAUUUACGUGGUUGUGGACGUAUAACGGAACUCUUGGAUGUUUCAAGGUGCCCCAAUUUGAAGAAAAUAAAUCUUCGAGAUUGUACAAGUCUAUUGAAAGUUCAUGAUUCUGUUGGAUUGCUUGGUGAGCUUGUUAAAUUAAAUCUUGCUGGAUGUUCCAAUCUAAGGAGCUUUCCAAGGAGACUUCAGUUGAGAUCUCUGGGAUUCCUUGAUCUUAGUAAUUGCUCGAGCCUUCAAUACUUUCCUGAAAUCGAAUGUGAAAUGAAACAUUUAGGCCAUGUUGACUUAACAGGCACCGCAAUAGAAGAGUUGCCUUCAUCCAUUGGGUAUGCCACUGGGCUUGGAUUUUUAGAUCUAAGUAGCUGCGUAAACCUUAAGUGUCUACCAAGGAGCAUUCAUCAGUUGAGAUCUCUAGGGUGGCUUGAUCUAAGCGAUUGUCCAAAUAUUAUAAGUUUUGGGAUGGAGGAGGAGGUGCAUAUAAGUGGACAACCCACACCCUAUGUAGUGUCUAGAAGCUGGGAAAUUGCAGCUUCAUCGGGUGAAGAAUUAUUACCAUUGAUGCCUCCAACAAAAUCAACCACUGAUCUUGAAUUGUAUCUUAAAAAGUCUGGCCUAUCGAAUUUCUUUGGACCAUUUCAUUUCUUUCCCAAUCUGACAGUAUUAGAUCUAUCAGGCAGUGAUAUCGUAAGCAUUCCUGCAAGCAUCGAAAGAUUUGAUUGGUUGAGGAAUCUUAUACUGAAUGAUUGCAGGCAACUUAAAGAAAUUAAAGGGUUUCCACCAAGACUAUCAGUAUUACGUGCUAACGGAUGCAUAUCACUGGAAAGUUUACCAAAAGGAUCACAUAUAUUCCCUCGCCAACGGCUAAGAUCGAUUAAAUUGGCUAGAUGCUAUAAAUUGAAUAUGGGGAAUUUGUUGAUGGGGAAUUUGAGGCCACGUUAUAUGAGUCCGCCUGCCGGAUUAAAUUCCGCAUGGCUUCAAGUGACUAACAUGAUAUUUCCGGGAAAAGAGAUUCCAGAUUGGUUCAUGUAUCGCAAGAAGACUUCAAAUGAUCACCGGUGUGAAUUUGAUAUUCCAUCGAUUGAGAUGUUUGGCGUCGUUAGAAUUUGUGUUUGUGCUAUUAUUGAACCCGUUGGGAGGUUUUGGAGCGUUGACAUGAUGAUAGGAUCAGUUGCCUACGACAGUAACCAUAAUGUAGGAAAAUUUGAUGAAAUGGAUUCAGAUCAUGUAUGGUUGCAGUACUUCACUGUAGAAGAUGUUGAGCUCAAACGAGGGAUCAGUUUAGGUUGGGCUGACAAUCUGAGGAUUAUAUUCGAAAGCAGUCCAAAGGCAGUGAUCUUAAAAAGUUGUGGAGUUCGUCUGUUCAAGAGCGGCGAGCGGUAUGGCCAACAGAUACGUCGUUUUUCUGAUGAUGAUUACAAGAAGCCUGUUUCAACCUUGGACAUCGAACUUUUUAUGUACACUAGUGACAUGUGCCAUAAUGUCUGAUUAUGGUUGACUUCAAAUUUGUUUCAAACUCAAACUCAAUAUUAGGUGCGGGAGCAGCUUGAUCUAUAGAUUAGUUUUACACCCUCCA